AUGCAGCUACUCCCCUCUAUCCGAUCCGUGACCGAUCGCGACCAGCUUGCCAUUGUCUUGAUGCUUCGUGAAAAAGAAAAGGAAGAAGAAGAGGAGGAGGAAGAAGCAUUCGCCAAGAAACACGCUAUUGCUUCACUGCCUUCGCGAAAGACAUCCACGGACUCAAAUUCGGUGAUUCGUUCCAUCAAGACAGCAUUUGAAGUUAUUACUCAUACUGACCGGAAGUGA